AGGUGCUGUGCAGCGUUACAUUUGACUCCCUGGAGUCCAGCAUCAAGACGGACAUCAUCACUACCGCUCUGAGUGGCAUCAAAGACAAAAAUUUCAUGCUUCAUUAUGAGUUCCCUCCUUAUGCAACGAAUGAGACUGGAAAGAUGGGAGGGCUCAACAGGAGAGAGCUUGGACAUGGAGCUUUGGCUGAAAAAGCUCUGAGACCCAUCAUUCCUAAAGACUUCCCUUUCACCAUCCGGGUCACUGCCGAGGUGCUGGAGUCAAACGGAUCAUCCUCAAUGGCUUCAGCAUGUGGAGGCAGCCUGGCUCUUAUGGAUGCAGGUACAAACGUGGAGAAAUCUAUUUAGCCACAGAUGCAAUGUUGG